GUAAGAAAAAAAAGAGUUGAAUUUGAUCUGCAAAAUGAAUGUGGAAAAUGGUGAUUCAGCAGCUCUACAGGAUUUGCUCAAAACUCUUUGUCAGUACAAUGGAUGGUCCUAUGCUGUUCUUUGGUGCUCUGAUAAUCAGAAUCCCACAAUGCUAACAAUGAGAACAGUCUAUAAUGAAGAUCAAAUGUAUAGUCUGAUUGAUAAUAUGCUCCUGCAAGUUCAUAUUCUUGGAACUGGAAUGGUUGGCCAAGCUGUUUCAUCAAUGGAGCAUAGAUGGAUUUUCUCAAACCAGAAUGUUCCUCAGGAUGAUAAUGAUAUUCAUUGCCAAUUUUCAUAUGGAAUAAAGACCAUUGCUCUAAUCCCUUUGGAUAUGAAAGGAAUUGUGCAAUUUGGGUCUACCCAGAUGAUUUGUGAAACAACAGAGUUUGUUAACCAAGCGAAACAACUUCUAUGGUUGAUUGAUGGAUUUGAUCCCUUAGAAAAUAUAGUUUCCCCAUCUUCAAGCCAUGAUUUUGACGAGGUGUUUGCUUCACUAAUGGCGUGUACAGAUUUUCAAUUUGAGGAUCCCUGUGGCUCAGACGAUCUUCCUGAACUAUUUGAUCUCGUACCAAAUGAUCUUCAAUUGACAUAUUCAUCUCAUCAGGAAAACACAUUGCCAUUAGAUGAAAAUCACCCAUUUGGUUUUAUUUCUUCAUCUAAUGAUCCUUUCCCAGAAACAGGCAUUAACAAUCUUAUAAAUGCUCCUAUAAACAAUCAAGAGUUUUCUGAACAAAGAUCCAUCAUGGACUCAUUUUGUUCGCUUCCAAAUGGGGGAUUUUCAAACGAUAUUUUCGAUGGACUGGAACUCAGUUUUCCUGAACAGAACAAAGGUCUUCUGUCUGACACAGUGAUGCCAAUGAACGUGGAGAAUUGCUUGGAUUUCUUAUCAAAUGAAAGAAUAGAUUCUAUGUUAAGUAAUGAAGAGAAGGAGUUCUUUUCUUUUGGAAUCUCUAGUUGCAACACAACAAUGGACGUGGGUAGUUCAGGUUCUUACCCCAAGAAGUCCAAAGAAGAAUGUUCUAGAAAUGUUAAUAAAAUUGGCAAACCAGGCCCUCGGCCAAAGCCCAAGGACCGUAUCCAAAUCCGCGAAAGGAUUGCAGAGUUAAGGAAACUUGUUCCAAACGGAGGAAAGAUCAGCAUUGAUUCAUUGUUGUCUCAAACUGUCAAACACAUGCUGUUCUUAGAAGGUGUGACCAAGUAUGCAGAAACUUUGAGAUUAGUCCAAGAACAAAGGGACAUCGGAGUGUUCUCCUGCGAAGGGCAGUCCACGACGGAGCGAGUUUAUGUAAAAGUCAUUAAUCCCCCUGGACAGAUACUGAUAGAAAUGCAUUUGGAUGAAACUGAUUUUUUUGCUGACAUAGUAGAGAUGAUUCAUGGCUUCGGCUUGAUAAUCUUGAAGGGAAAUAUGGAAACACGAGGAAAUAAACUGUGGGCAUGCUUCAUUGUCGAGGCUGAGGCAACCAGACAUGUAACGAAGCAGCAUUUAUACGUGUCCCUUCAUCGCUUUCUCGAUCAGAAAGCCUCGGGUAAUUGUAUGAAUGUAGCUGGUCAGUACAUUUACAAUGUCUCGAUGAAAGGGAUACUUCUAUGAACAAUUGUCUUAUAAUUGGAAAGUGUAAAGGUUUAAGAUUUGUUAGCUUAUUAUGUAGAAUUAACAUCACAUACAUAGAAAAUACAAUGUCUAGUUGAUUCUCUUUAAGUGGCAUAAGAAAAAUGUA